GAUGAAGAAAUGCAUCAGAAAAUGGUAAGAGAAAUGAACUUUUCUGAAACGGCUUUUAUCUGGAAACUGCAUCCAACAGACAGCUUUACCCAAAGUUCCCGCUUUGGGCUAAGGUGGUUCAUGCCUGCUACGGAGGUCCCUCUCUGUGGGCAUGCUACAUUGGCUUCCUCAGCUGUGUUAUUUCACAAAAUAAAAAAUGUGAAUCAAACUGUAACUUUUGUUACUCUGAGUGGGGAACUGAAGGCCAGACAAGCAAAAGAUGGGAUCAUCAUGGAUCUGCCUCUUUAUCCCACCCAUCCCAAGGAUGUUAAGGAAAUCCAGGACUUAAUCAAGCUGGGGCUAGGCAAGGUGCUGGUUCAGGACGUCCGUUAUUCUCCAGACACCAAGAAGCUCCUUGUUCGGCUGGAUGAUUCUUAUGGAAGGUCCUUCCUAGAGAACCUGGAAGUGAACACAGGAAAUCUGAUACAGGCUGAAAACACAGGCAAAGUGAGGGGACUCAUACUCACCCUCAAAGGAGAGGGAGGUGGAAAGAGCCAAGGCUAUGACUUCUACUCCAGAUACUUUGCCCCCUGGGUUGGUGUGGCAGAAGACCCUGUCACAGGAUCUGCCCAUGCUGUUCUCAGUAGCUACUGGUCCCAGCAGCUGGGGAAGAAGGAAAUGCGGGCUUUUCAGUGUUCUCGCCGUGGGGGAGAAACAAAGGUUUCAUUGCAGGAUGGUGGAAGAAUUGACAUUAUUGGUCAAACAGCAUUGGUUUUGGAAGGGAAUCUGACCAUCUGA